CCGACUGACAGAGCUCUGCGCAGGAUAGCUGGUAUCGACCCUUCGUUAAUGUCACUCCCGCGCGUGCUCUGCCGUCGCCGGGACAUUAUGCAACGUCUGCGGGCCAAGAUCGACGAGGACACGCCCGACCCACUCGUCAUUUUGCUGCGCAAGCACCCUCAACAAGUGCCAGAUGUGGACCACAGGACUUUUUUUUGUACGGCAGUUGCCUCAACGCUGUCGCCUCUGUCGUAGCUCACG